UAGCAAAUUAACGCGGAUAAUAAAAACAUCAUCUGUACGUCCGUAGUCUGUACCUAUUUACACGCUAAUUCUUAACAAAUUCAUCAAACGAAAUUUUUCUUAACCUACAAGUAUUUCCAGCCUGCCUGCCUAUAUAAACGUUAUAAAAAAAAAAAGCUCAAUAGCCAAUAAAUAAAAAUUUGUCUUUGAUUAUAUUUUUGCCUUUACAAUUACUCCAGUAUACAGUCCUCUAAACUCAACUAAUACACUAUGGAUUACCACCACCACGGUCACCACCAUCAUGAGAACAAACACGUCGAUCCCGAGAAGAAACUGAAGCAUCACAACACCCUUGAGCGUAUUGGUGAGACGGCUGCCGUUGCUGCUGCUGCUUAUGCCUUGUAUGAGAGACAUGAGGAAAAGAAAGACCCAGAGCAUGCUCACCAACACAGAGUGAAUGAAGAGAUUGCAGCCGCGGUUGCGGUUGGUGCUGCUGGUUUCGCUAUGUACGAGCACCAAAAAAAGAAUGAAGCCAAACAUGAGCUACAUUCUUCACAUUCCCACCACCAUGGUCAUCAACAUGGUCAUCACCACCAUGGAAAUCAUAAUGGUCAUCACCACCAUGGUCAUCAUCAUGGUCACCAUUACCAUUUUUAAUUUGUCCAUUAUUUUGGGCUUUUGCUCUAUUUAAUUUUCCCUAUAAUCACUAUAUUGGACCUUUAUGUGAUGUAAGGGUGACUAGUGUUUGGUCUCUUUAAUUUGUGUAGGGUUACAAACUUACUACUAUUGAGUCUGAGUCAAAUCAAGUCGAGUUUAAGCUUGAUCAAGCUAUAUUUGAUAAGGUGGACAAAUGAAAUAAACUAAAGUUAUGUUUAAACUGCAAAGAUUUUUUCCAAGUUUGAGUGAGAUUUAAACAAGUUGCUUAUUGAA